AUGGCAAUCACUGGCGGAUCCGACCCCAAUCCUGUAUCAAUCACUAUUGAACCACAUAGCCACAACCAAAAUCACAACAACGCUAGUCAUUCGCAAAUUAACACCCCCACAACCACAGCACCACCAACAACUGCAGCAGUAACAACGGAACGGAUUGUAACAAAAGGACUCUCUCAUGGACGGUUGCUCUGUUACAGCGACAAGAAAGCGACAGGAAAGACAAGAGAGUGA